AGGCAAGAGUUCGUUUCUUCGAUUCAAACGACAUGUCAUUUUGUUUUCAUCUAACUCGCAGCACCCUUCCUCCCAGUACAAUCGGAUUAUCGUCAACUCUACCCAAACAUAACCUCACAGCCACCUCACGUUUAAACUCGUUCUCUGUGCAGUUACGUGCCGGCAAUCCGGAUUCAGCCAUGUCUUCUUCCGCCAAAUCAGUCCGAGUGGCCGUCGCUCAGAUGACGUCGAUCAACGACCUUGCCGCCAACUUCGCUACCUGCACUCGCCUGGUCAAAGAAGCAGUUUCUGCUGGGGCAAAACUGCUUUGCUUUCCUGAAAACUUCUCCUAUGUUGCUGCUAAGGAUGGGGACAGUCUUAAAGUUGCAGAACCUUUAGAUGGACCAAUAAUGCAGCAGUACUGCUCUUUAGCAAGAGAAUCCAACAUUUGGUUGUCGCUUGGAGGCUUCCAAGAGAAGGGAACAGAUGAUGCACACUUAUCUAACACACAUGUUGUGAUUGAUGAUGUGGGGAACAUUAGAAGCACAUAUAAAAAAAUUCACUUGUUUGAUGUGGACGUUCCUGGUGGAAGAUCAUACAAGGAAAGUAGCUUUACGGAGGCAGGUAAAAAUGUUGUGGCUGUAGACAGCCCCUUUGGGCGUUUAGGUCUGACAGUUUGCUAUGAUUUGAGAUUUCCUGAACUUUAUCAGCUACUCAGGUUCCAAUAUGAAGUACAGGUUCUAUUGGUACCUUCAGCUUUCACAAAAGUAACUGGUGAGGCACAUUGGGAGAUUCUUCUCCGUGCACGUGCAAUUGAGACUCAAUGUUAUGUUAUAGCUGCUUCACAAGCUGGAAAGCAUAAUGAUAAUAGAGAAAGUUAUGGUGACUCACUAAUAAUUGAUCCAUGGGGAAAAGUUGUAGGUCGAUUACCUGAUCGAUUGUCAACAGGGAUAGCUAUAGCUGAUAUUGAUUUCUCAUUAAUUGAUUCAGUGAGAUCAAAAAUGCCAAUUGCAAAGCAUCGGAAGCCAGCUGACUUCUGGAAGUCUGCAUCUCUAUGAUUUCCCAAGAUUCUCAAUCGGCUAUCAAUCAAGCAGGUGUAUGUUAAGCGUCACUGAAUUCCUCUUGUACCUUAAAUCAAGCAAGGAUUUGUUCAUUUGACCACUCGUUUCAGUCAAAAAGCUGCUAAAUAUUGUAAGCUCAAAUAAGUCAAAACCUGCUUGCAUCAACUGGGCAUUAAUGAAGCUUCAUUUAGUUUUGUGUGAAUAUACUGUGAUGGAUUUGGUUUUAUGUGACAAGUAAGAUUUGAAUUGUUACACUGUAUAACAGCACACUUAAUGUUAUACAUAUUGGAAAAAUUACUAUCGUGGGGUGCAUUGAAAUGAUCACAAUUGUGGGGGUGUUUAUUUUA